AUCAUUCGCGAUGGAUCCAUGAGCAACAUCUUGGGUGUGCAGGAGAAUCUUAUCGAAGCCUGUCUAGAAAUGCAAGCGUAUGCUGACGUUCAGGCCUUACUUGUGCGAUAUGAUGGCUUUGACUUGAGAGAACCGAGGUCGGCUGUACUCAGUUAUACCUCAGCUUUAUUGAAAGCUAGGGCUGUAGCAGACAAUAAAUUGAAAUAUCGUUUGUUGCGGACAUAUCUACGAGAAGAGGUCUGUCUUCAGCUGAAGCAACUGCUAUCGAAGCGAUUACUCGAGCUAUUGAAAAUGCGUCCAAUGAUUCUCCCACCUGAACACUAUCUGAAACGUGGUGACUCGGAAGCCAUUGCCUAUGCUUUCUUCCACAUUCAGCAUUGGAAAAGGAUUGAUGGAGCUCUGCAACUGUUGCAGUAUACUUGGAAAGGAGCUUGGCAUGAAGUUUCGGUGUUUCCGAAGAAGGAGAGUCCUGUAUGGGCACUGCUGCAAACUUUAACGUGCCUUGCAGUAUGUGCUAUUGCUCUUCUCAUACACCAUUACCCUACAAGUACAUUUGAAGCUCUUCAUUUUGCUUUCUCUGCAGGCCUAUUGGGUGCUCAACGUCUCGUAGCCCAUUUCUAUCAUUGGAUUCCUGAAAACGUGAUUGGUUUACUAGCUUCAAAGCCAGCUCAAGUAGUCGUCGAGAAUAUGUAG